UGGGGCAAAGCAACAAGGUUGGAUUUGAUUGGGCUUCUUUAACCCAACUAGGAUGGAAAUCAAAUUAACCGUGUUCGGGGGUAGUAUUUGAUAAUACCCUGCAUAAGUGAAAUGAGGGUGAACAUUGAGCAAAGGUGAGGGGCAAUUUUUUAAAUUAUGCCAACAUCAAUUUAUCACUUCACGCAUAUGAACCACAGACAGUGAACAAAAUAGAAGCAGACAGUGAAACAGGGCCGAAGGAGAAGAAAUGGCAGCAAGAAUAAACUGUUCGACUUCGAUACAAAACAGUCUCUGGUUAUUGAACCCUUUAAAUUCCAAAGCCACAACCCAUUUCAGGAAUCGUCUUAAAUUUCGACAAAACCUGUUUUCUCUAUCAAAAGGAGCCAUGUUCUGUACUUGCUCAACCAAUAAUGAUAAGACCAACACUGAUUCUACUGAUUCUUUUGUCCUCACAACCCCUCUUUAUUACGUUAAUGCCCCUCCUCACAUGGGCAGUGCUUACACCACUAUUGCUGCUGAUGCUAUUGCUCGAUUUCAGAGGCUCUCGGGAAAGAAAGUUGUAUUUGUCACUGGCACGGAUGAGCAUGGAGAAAAGAUAGCUGCCGCUGCCGCAGCCUGUGGUUCAAGUCCUAGUGAACACUGCGAGGUUAUAUCUCAAGCGUACAAGACACUCUGGAAAGAUUUAGACAUUGCAUACGACAAGUUUAUUCGGACAACUGACCCCAAACAUGAAGAAAUUGUGAAGGAAUUUUAUUCUAGGGUUCUUGCCAAUGGUGACAUUUACAAGGCUGACUAUGAGGGUCUGUACUGUAUUAACUGUGAGGAAUAUAAGGAUGAGAAAGAGCUACUGGAGAACCACUAUUGUCCAAUACAUCUAAAGCCAUGUGUUGCACGGAAGGAAGAUAAUUACUUCUUUGCCUUGUCAAAGUAUCAAAAACAAUUGGAAGAAACUUUGACACAGAAUCCAGAUUUUGUGCAGCCCUCUUUUCGUUUAAAUGAGGUGCAAAGCUGGAUCAAAAGCGGCUUAAGGGAUUUUUCUAUCUCUCGAGCAUCUGUUGAUUGGGGAAUUCCUAUUCCUAAUGACGAUAAGCAAACUGUAUAUGUUUGGUUUGAUGCUUUGCUGGGUUACAUAUCAGCUCUAUCAGAGAACAAGGAUCAACCUAAUUUGCAAACUGCUGUUUCUUCAGGUUGGCCUGCAUCACUGCACUUGAUUGGCAAGGAUAUUUUACGUUUUCAUGCAGUUUACUGGCCGGCUAUGUUAAUGUCGGCUGGACUAGCCAUUCCUAAGAAGGUGUUUGGCCAUGGUUUCUUGACAAAGGAUGGCAUGAAGAUGGGGAAGUCUCUGGGCAAUACACUUGAACCAAAUGAAUUGGUCCAUAAUUUUGGUCCUGAUGCAGUCAGAUAUUUCUUCCUCAAGGAGGUGGAAUUUGGUAACGAUGGGGACUAUUCAGAGGACCGUUUUAUCAAUAUUGUCAAUGCGCAUCUUGCCAAUACUAUAGGAAAUCUUCUUAACCGUACUCUUGGGCUUCUUAGAAAGAAUUGCCAAUCAACGUUGGUGGUUGAUUCAACUAUUGCUGCUGAGGGAACUGCAUUCAAGGACAAUGUGGAAAAGCUGGUUGAAAAUGCAAGGUUUCAUUACGAAAACCUAUCACUGUCAUCAGCGUGUGAGGCUGUGCUGGAAAUUGGUAAUGCGGGGAAUUCCUACAUGGAUGAACGAGCGCCAUGGUCACUUUUUAAGCAAGGGGGUGCUGCUUCUGAAACUGCAGCCAAGGAUCUUGUAAUUAUAUUGGAAGCAAUGAGAAUAAUAGCAAUCGCGUUAUCUCCUGUUACACCGAACUUAAGUUGGAGAAUAUAAGAACAGAUUGGCUACUCUAAAGACCAGUUUAACAGUGCAAACUGGAGUGAUACUAAGUGGGGUGGACUAAAGGGCGGUCAAGUGAUGGCUCAACCUAAACCGAUCUUUGCAAGGAUUGAGCAGAGAGCAGAAACGGAAGAUAAAAGUGAACCAGCAGCCACACAAGUCGAGAAAAACAAAGGGAAACCAAAGGCUAAAGCAGUAGCAGAAGCUUAAAAAGUACAAUCUCUCUGUAUUUAAACCACAGUUUAAAUUUAUAGAAAUUUUGCUUUUGGUAAUUGUUUGACAUUGCAGUACAUUAUUCUUUGAUUUUGGAUUUUUUGUAGGUAGUUUAAAGAAAAUACUGAUUUUAUGGUCCUCGAGAGAAAUAUUAUUUGUCCUGUAUUUCUUCUCUUUAGUUGGCUUGACAAUUUUUUAUCACUUGAGGUAAGAAGACACAUUGUGAGAUGUAUU